CGGGGCUGGCCAUCGUAGUCCCGUCCCGUCCGGUCCCGCGCGCCACAGCGCCGUCGUAGCGAGCCGAGACCAUGCCCCGGCCCGCGGGAGGCUCCGUCGGGCCGUCGGAGCGGAGCCCGCUGCUGAAUUACCGGCUAUGCAGCAGCGUCUCGAUGGAAGCGGAGCCGUCCACGGCCAGGGCCGCCGGGGCGCGCAAGCUGCCCACCUUCCUGGGCGUCGUCGUGCCCACGCUGCUCUCCAUGUUCAGCGUGGUGCUUUUCCUGCGCCUCGGCUUUGUGGUGGGCCAGGCCGGGCUGUUCCAGUCGCUGGCCAUGUUCGUGGUGGCCUAUUUCAUCAUCGGGCUGACGGUUCUGUCGGUGUGUGCCAUCUCCACCAACGGGGCCUUGGAUGCGGGUGGCGCCUACUACAUGAUCAGCCGGGCGCUGGGGCCCGAAUUCGGCGGCAGCAUUGGCAUAAUGUUCUUCUUGGCCAACGUUUGUGCCAGUGCGCUCUACAUCCUGGGGCUGGUGGAGGCGGUCGUGGAUGAUUUUGGAGCCCCGGCAGAGGGCGGCGUUGGCAGCGCCACCCAGGUCCUUCCUCGCGGCUACUGGUUCGACCUCCUCUACGGCACGGUCCUGCUCUUCCUCUGCCUGCUGGUCUGCCUCGUGGGCGCCGGCAUCUACGCCAAGGCCACCUUCCUCAUCUUCCUGAUCGUCAUGCUGGUGCUGGGCACUGUCUGCCUCAGUUUCUUCGUGGUGGCCCCCCGCAAGGUGAAACUGCCCCCGGGCAUCGACGGCAACAGCACGGAGCAGGGCAACGCCUCCUUCACGGGCUUCAAGCACAGCACCCUCCAGGCCAACCUGUUUGCCGACUACAGUGUGGAUUACACAACGGGCCGCCUGAUGAGCUUCAGCACCGUCUUCGCCGUCAUGUUCAACGGCUGCACAGGAAUCAUGGCCGGUUCCAACAUGUCAGGAGAUUUGAGGCGGCCGAGCUACUCCAUCCCACGAGGCACCAUCACAGCUGUGAUCUUCACCUACAUCGUGUACAACCUGUUGGCUGUUCUGCUGAGCUGCACCUGCGACAGGCUCCUCCUGCAGCGGGACUACAGCUUCCUGAGGGACAUCAACAUCUGGCCUCCGUUCGUCAUCAUUGGCGUCUACUGCUCGACUCUGUCGGCCGCUAUGAGCAACCUGAUCGGCGCCUCCCGAAUCCUCUACGCGUUGGCCAAGGACGACCUCUUCGGCAAAGUUCUGGGGCCGGCGACGCGGACUUCCCAUGACGGAAACCCCUGGAUGGCUGUGAUCUUCUCCUGGAUCCUGGUACAGGUGACUGUUCUCUUCUCCGGCAAGCUGAACACCAUUGCCGCUGUGGUCACCAUCUUCUUCCUGCUGGUCUAUGCCAUGGAUUUGGCCUGCCUCGCACUCGACUGGGCGUCUGCCCCGAACUUCAGGCCCACCUUCCGGUACUUCACCUGGCACACCUGCGUGCUGGGCAUCGCCGGCUGCUUCGUCAUGGUCUUCCUCAUCAGCCCCAUCUACGCCUCGGCCAGCGUGGCCUUCAUGGUGGUUCUCCUUGUGGCCCUCCAUUACCUCUCCCCCAGCAGCAGCUGGGGCUACAUCAGCCAGGCUCUCAUUUUCCACCAGGUCCGCAAGUAUCUGCUGAUGUUGGACAUCCGCAAGGAGCACGUCAAGUUCUGGCGGCCGCAGGUGCUGCUGAUGGUACGGAACCCGCGGACGUCCCUGCAGCUCAUCAGCUUCAUCAACGACCUCAAAAAGAGCGGAUUGUAUGUGCUUGGCCACGUGGAGCUGGAUGACUUGGACUCCCUGCCUUCUGACCCCUUGCCGCACCAGUCUGACUCGUGGCUGCAGCUUGUGGACAGGCUGAACAUCAAGGCCUUCGUCAACCUGACCCUUUCGGACUCCAUCAGACAUGGCACCCAGCAGCUGCUCUUCAUCUCUGGCUUGGGAGGCAUGAGGCCCAACACCAUCGCUCUGGGUUUCUACGAUGACGCGACCUCACAGGACUGCCUCUCCCAGCACCCGGCCUUCAGCAGCGGGGAGGAGGUGGCCUGGCAGAACUUCCCUCCGCCGUGGACGUCGGAGACGCAGAAGCGCCUCUCUCCCCGGGAGUACGUGGCCAUCAUCGCGGACGCCCUGAAGAUGCAGCGCAACGUCCUAUUGGCGCGCUCCUUCGAGGAGCUGAAGCCGCCGCAGGAGCUGGGGUGGCGGGCCCAGCCCCUCAUCGACGUCUGGCCCAUCAACCUGCUGCGCCCCGACAGCGCCCACUACGUCAACACCUGCAGCCUCUUCCUGCUGCAGAUGGCCUGCGUCCUGGCCAUGACCCGGGCUUGGCGCCGCGCCCGCCUGCGCCUCUUCCUCUGCAUGGAGAGCGGCGCCCGACCCCGGGGCCAGGAAGACAAGCUGCGGCAGCUCCUGAAGGACCUGCGCAUCCAGGCGGACAUUCACACGGUGCUGUGGGACGACGCGGUGGCCCUCCACUGGCACCGCCAGCAGGAGACGGCCGUCGACACCGACGCCCUCGGCUUCCCCGGAAAUGUGGCGCGUGUGACGGACGAGUACCUGAGCGCCGUCAACCAGCUCAUCCUCCAGCAGAGCUCCGCCCCCACUGUCCGCUUCCUCUACUUGCCCCGCCCCCCAGCGGACACCAGCAUGUACGGCAGGUACUUGGAGCAGCUGGAGGUGCUCACUCGAGGGCUGGGCCCUACGCUGCUGGUGCACGGGGUCAGCGCCGUCACCAGCACCGAGCUCUAGGCUGGGUGCUGCGUGAGGUUGGCACGAGCCGUGACUGGCUGGCUUGCUGAUGCCCCACGACGGUCAAGGGUUGGUGAGCGGCAGGGCACCAGAGCGGUGUGGUGUGUCAAGAAGUGAGGGCUGGCAGCAGGUUAUGCUGGGGCUGCUCUCUGGGCCCUGCUGGACUGGGCGCGGGUAGCCUCAGCUUCCUCUUUCACCAAAGACUGGGCCCACUUGGAGGACUCCUGGGCGCGGGAAGCGCGAGACCCGCUUCUGGGGCCCAGCAAAGCCGUCCAGGCCAAGAUUAGACUGUUACAUCCUGCAUCAACGCUGGUCU